AUGUACACCCUUCUCGUCCCAAAUUUCUACUGCUUCAAAAAACGUCCUCUUGGCGUGGUUGUGGCGCCUUUUGUCGGCAUGCUCUUUAUGCUUGCUGUUCGCCUGAUGAACUCGAGAAAGGGCGGCACGCGCAAGAUCAAAACGAUACACCAUGCAUCCGUGCUCUACGAGCGAGCAACCGAGGACCGGACACGAUACCAGGGGCGCACACGAGCAGACUUUGAUACUCUACACCAGUCUGUCCACGAGUUCCGUGUCGUGGAUAGAUCCGACGCGCAUACUCGGGAGAUUCGGGGCGCGGAGCGGCCCUCGGCGCAGGCGACUUGGCCGGUUCAAGGGCACGAGCACGAGCACGAGCACGAGCACGAGCUCGACACUAAUACCUUGUUGAACCAGCUUUUCGCGGAAGUCAGCAAUAACCUCGACGAGCAGGGGGCCUGGUCUCAAUGGUGGCCGGCGAUUGAUCAGGUGGAUCUUUAA